AUGCCCAUGAUAUCUGAGCCACCGCAGCGGCCUUGCUUCUUUCCCGAAGCCAGGCGGAAGGGCAAGCGCGGGGUCCGCUGGGCCUUGUCUGGUAUCCGACUGCCCGUAUCUACCACGGGGAAAGAAGCGCUCCAAAAUAGCACCUGCGACGCCUGCCGAAGCUCCGGAUGUCGCGUAGCUCUGCCCGAGUUGCGCUUUAGCCUUUUUGCCAGCUCCCCGCAGGACACGGGCAGCAGUGCGGCGCGGAAGAGCGGACGACGGAUCUCUUCGACAGGGCGGAAGGGUCAAGGGAGGCGGAGGGGCUGGCAAGCAGGUGCCGAAGAAAGUGCAAGAGCGUGGCCAAGGCCUCUGCUUGUACUGCGGGGAGCACGAGGGAAUCAUUUGUGGGAGGGCCGCGCCGGCCGGCAGCACCAGCUCGGCAAGCUGAAGGACGUCUACGAAGCAGCCCAGAAUAGAGAAUGUGUGAACUUGAAGGAGGCUGUGCUGGAAAUGGUGGAAAGGCUAAAGUGUAAAGACCCCAAAACCCAUGUCUUCGUUGAAAAACUGAGGCUCUGCCGGACAGAAGAGGUGUGGCCAAAUUUACAACUCAGUCUCUGGCCAAUCAGACGAAUCAGUCCCAUGCUUGGACUCUCCUGCAGUGCACAUAGAAAGAAUGUUCAAGUUCCUAAGACUGUUUUGGUAUUUAGAAGAGGAGAAAACGCAAAUAAUUCCUGAUCACUUCUUAUCGAUAAAUGAUAGGACAAAUAAACAAAGAAAACCCACUAACACCAUGGGCAAUAAUAAUGCUGUAACUUGGAGGCAUGCUGACCUUGAUCCAGAGGUAACAAUGAGUCUUCAAAAUGAACAGCUCUUGAUGUCUGUCCUCCACGAAUUUAUCAAAUCUCCUUUUAAAGUCAUCCAGGCCCUCUCUGGAAGAUUUUCACUGGGGAAUUGUUCUGUGUUGUGACUCGUAGGAGUUUGACAAGAUCCAAUCCAUCAAGGAAAAUGUAUCACAUAAAAAAGCUCUCCCAUCCAACUACCUUUCUUUCCUAGUAAACUGAAAUUCCAAAUAUUUAAGGUUGUAUGUUUUGUGGGUUUUUUAAAAAUUUGUUGGCAUUCCCCAGUGAGUCUAUGAAAUGCCUAUUCAGUAGUUUUUGCUUUGCUGUGUAUGGUCUAAUUUUUAAAAACUCCAGUCGCUUUUGCAGUAGCAAAACUUAUCAUCAUGCUGUUGAAAGUAUUUGUAUACCCUUUCACCCUGCUUAGACUUGCUGAUACUGCCUGCAUCUCAGUAACCCCAAUAGUUCUUUGUUCACUGCAAUAAAGUUGAUUCAUGUCCUGAGAAAAAAGCAGCCAAGCCUGGCAGAUCAGUAAUUUUUUGAAACCUCUUGGGAUUUUCAUCCCUGCAUGCGGUUGUUGGAGUGAACAGGAACAAUGAAGUCUUGCUUUGGGGAGAAUUCCAGAGGAGGCCAUGGAUACAGCUCAAGCCCUGGAAGGCCUUCUGGAGACUUCACAAAGGACACUUUGUUCCCUUUUGGGACAGAUGCCACCAAAUAGUAGACUUCAUUUCUUAAUUAUUUUUUCAGGGUUGUGCUGUUUCCAGCUUGCUUCUAAGCACUUUUGUGUAAAUAUGCUUGGAAUGGCACAAAGGGUGGUGCCUGUUUGGAUGGUUUGCUUUUUAUGCAGGACAUGGCUUCUCUUCUCUCAUUUCCUUAAUCUGUUUCUAGGAUACUCUUGGCUUUUCUUCAUUUACAAAGCUUGCUUUCUUAAUUUCUUUGAUCCUUCUCCCUCCCAGCAUCCACGAUCUGCUUUGAUUUUUUUUCCCUCUAAGCUUCUUUCUACCUGUGGCCAAGACUGACAAUUCAACAUGAGCAUUAAAAUGGAAGCUCCUUUUUUUUUGCCAAACUAGGUACUAAGAUGUUGAACAUCUGCGGUGGAAAGAAUGCCGGGAGACAUUUAAUGAAGGGACUAGUGAUGCUGAGACAGAACACAUUGGAAAUGGAGUCCAGCUGAGGAUCCUCACCUCAAGAAUGUGUUAGCAUCCUUGGAGGACAACUUGAACUCAUACAAGACAGACAAAGACUUCAACGGAUAAUUAGAAUUGCAGAAAAAACAAUUGCUACCAACCUGCCUUCCACUGAGGAUCUGUAUACUGCACGAGUCAAAAAGAGGGCUGUGAAAAUAUUUAUAGACCCCUCACAUCCUGGGCAUAAAUUGUUUCAACUUCUACCCUCAAAAAGACACUAUAGGGCACUGCACACCAGAACAGCUAGACACAAGGACAGUUUUUUCCCAAAUUCCAUCACUCUGCUUAACCACUAAUUCCCACAAAACUGUGAAAUAACUUACUAAGACUGUAUUACUAUUAUUCUUCUCUUCCUUAUUAGUAUCUAUAUCUUCCCACUUAUUACUAUAACCAUGUCGCUUGUAUCUUUCAAUUUAUAUUGUUUUUAUUUGUUUCCUAGUAUGAUUUGGUAGCUUAUUAGUAACCUUGACUAUCAUUAAAUGUUGUAGCUUUUUAUUCUUGAUGAAUGUAUUUUAUUCUCCUUAUGUACACUGAGAGCAUAUACACCAAAGACAAAUUCCUUGUGUGUCCAAUCACACUUGGCCAAUAAAGAAUUCUAUAUUCUAUUAACUAUCCUGGCAGUUAGCAGUGUUUGAACCUUGCUCUUGGAUUUACAAGUAAGAAGUGCUGGGUUCGAGGAUUGUAUAAUACAUAUGAAUUAAUGUCCUGGGAAUAGACCAGGGGUGAAAUGCUCCUGGUUUGGACGGGAUCACCUAAUCUGGUAGCGAUGAUAGCAGGUGG